AUGACGAGCAAUAUCCUCUGCUUGCCCUUCCGCCAGUCCAGCAGCCUUGCCCUCUCCGAUGCCAUCAAGCGGUACAUCUCCAACAAAUAUGACCAGCAUCCGGACAUGUUCAAGCAGGACCUCCGCGUCAUCGAUGCCCUGCGGAGGGAUGCCGUGCAUGUCAGCGAACCCCAUACCAGUGGCAUCAAGAAGAUUGCUGCGUAUGCCGCCCAGCUCUCCUGGAUGGGCGGGAAGUUCCCCAUAGACAUUGGUGCGGACUUUACUUGGUAUCCGGCGCUGGGUUACAAUACGGAUCGGCCGAUAUCCCAAGACAAUCUCAAAUUCGAACUGGCCAACGUCCUCUACAAUCUCGCAGCAUUAUACUCGCAGCUGGCUAUCUCAUCCAAUCGAAGCACAACAGAGGGAUUGAGGUCUGCAUGCAACUAUUUCUGCCUCGCGGCCGGGGUCCUCUCCCACAUCAAAACCGAAAUUGUUCCGCAAAUGCGCUCAACCCCACCUGAAGACAUGGAUGAAGCCACUCUCGAGUCUCUCGUGCAAUUAAUGCUCGCGCAAGGGCAAGAAUGCUUCUGGCAGAAAGCCGUGAUGGAUGGUUACAAAGAUGCGUCAAUAGCGAAGCUGGCUGCCAAGGUAUCGGAUUUCUACGGUGCUGCUGGGAAUUGGGGAGUGAAGAGCGAGGCUAUCAGUUCGGAGUGGAUACACCAUGCAACGGCCAAGCACCAUCACUUUGUUGCUGCCGCACAGUAUCGGCAGGCUUGUGAUUGUUUGGAAAAGAGAAAGUAUGGAGAGGAGAUUGCUAGGUUACGGGAUAGUAUUGUUUGUGUUAACGAAGCUCUGAAGGAGGCAAGAUACCUCAAUAGAGUAGUAUUGGGUGACCUUAAUGGGCUGAAGAACAAGGUCACCGAAGAUUUGAAAAGGGCGGAGAAGGAUAAUGACUUGAUUUAUCUCAACCCCGUCCCACCCAAGUCGGAGCUCAAGAUUCUGGAGAGAGCGGAAAUGGCUGUUGCAAAGGUGCCAAAAGAAGUGGCUGAACCGGCUGCCUUCAUUGGAGACCACGGCGAGUUUGGGCCGCCCCUUUUUGCCAAACUGGUACCCUUCGCGGUUCACGUCGCGGCCAGCAUCUACGAGGAGAGACGCGAUCGACUUGUCAAUACUAACAUCAUCGAUGAGCUCGAAGUCCUCACGACCAAGAUCCACGAUACCCUUCGAUCCCUCAAUCUGCCUGGUUCGCUGCAGGCGCUGGAGAAGCCUCUUGGACUGCCUCCGAGUCUCACGUCACACGCCGAAGAGAUCCGUCAAGCAGAUGCCCUCAGACGACUCGAGAGAUCAUUUUCCGACACCGCAAGGUUAAAAGCCUCCGACAGGGCAACAUUCGAAGAAGGCCGGGAGUUUCUACAGUCUGAGGCAUCCGAGAAUCAACGCCUACUCACGAAGUAUGGGACUGACAGAUGGUCACGAGCGGACUCCAAAUCCGCAGCCCCAAAAUUAUACGCUCAGGUUGAUGAGAUUGACGGAUAUCUGAAGAGCGCCGCCAACAGUGACGAGAUCGUCGUCAGUAAAUUCCGAGAAUGUGAAGACAUGCUUCGCAUCCUAUCGGGCUCCGACCGGGACAUCGGGGAAUUCGUCCCAAGUAGUCGUCGUGUUACGAUUACCCCGAAACUGGAGGGCGAAGUAUCGCGGUUGAGAGACUGCGUUACGGAAGUGAGUCGCUUAGAAUCAAGGCGGCGAAGGAAGAUCGAAGCGUUGAGGGAAAAGGCCAGAAAGGAUGAUAUUAACGACAGCAUCCUAUCUGAAGCUGCUCGUCUGGAGAGGGAAUUCCCAAGUCAGACGAUGGUACCGGCCCAUUUUGAAGAUUUCUUCGAGAAAAGACUUGAGAAAUACGAUUCGGAUCUCGAGGCCUUGAAAUCGGAGGCCGAAGAGCAGGAUCGUCUGACGGCGAGAUUACAAGAAGCCAACGCCUCCUUUGUGGCAGCUAGGAAAGGGGAUACGAGCUCUAGGGAACGAGAACAAGCGUUGCAGAGACUAGAGAAUGCGUAUUUCAAGUACAAGGAGAUAGUGAACAAUUUGGAGGUAGGCAGGAAAUUCUACAACGAUUUAGCGAAGAUCGUGGGGAAAUUCAGGGAUGGCUGUAAGGCCUUCCUAUACGAGAGACAAGAGGAAGCUGCGAGAUUAGAAUCUGAUCUCUCCAUCCCAUCGCUCUCCUCCCUUUCCAUCGGACACCACGCGCCGCCACCAGCCCAACCGUACCAGAGCUCAAACGACAACUACGCCCCCUCCUCCCACCAACAAACCUACUCCCCCGCCCCCGCCCCCCCAGCAGACAACAUACCUCGACCCCUCGUCGACACCCGCCCAGCGCCCCGACCUUACGCCAACCAAGAAAUCCCCGCCCCGAUCCCCACCCGCAGUCCCGUGGCGCCAAUGCAAAGCCCGCCCCCGAUGAUGCCCACGACCUGGGAUCCAGCAAUGGGCAUCAAGUUCGGAGCGCCCGCGUCGUCGUCCAACCCAGCGCCGAAUCCGAAUAAUCCAAACAGUCGAGCUCCUCAGAACACCACCGGUCAGGCUCCGAAUCCGAAUCCGAAUCCGAAUCCGAAUCCGAAUCAAGGCUGGUCGGGACAGACAGCGGCGACAUGGGAUCCUAGCAAGGGCUUUAAAUUCGGCUGA